UUUGAGUCUAAAUGGACCCAUAUGACACCUUGUUUGAUCUGCAGGAGCCAUCUCAGAUCAACUUUGGGACACCCAAUCUCUUAGCUGAGGAGAAUAGCCAUCUCCCGGCUAACGCUGGGGAUGGGAAUCUCCAACAAAAUAGAUACAUAGAUAAUGGUCAUGGAAAUUCGUCAUUAGAUGAAGAAGAGAUUUGUAGAGAUCAAAAACUAUUAAAUUUUGAUGAAAACAACGACGUAUAUUACGAUCAAGGUAUCUGAAAAGAUGAAGAACUCAGCGAAUUCAUGAAUGAAAAUCUCUCUGAACACCAAGAUAAAGACCUAAUGGAUAUUAGCCACCUCAGAGUGGGUGAAGCCGCCCUGCCACAGCCUCGAUCUCUCUUUGAAGUAGAGAAUGAAGAUAAGAAGAGUGUAUUACCAAAAGGAAUAUGAAUCGUGUUGAGCAAACUAUCCUGUUCAAAAUAUUGUUUCAAAGAGGCUAUCUAUUGAUGCAAGAGAUGUAAAACUCGCACUCCAAUUCAUAGUCAUGGCAGCCACAUCCAUUGCUGUACUAAGAAAAGGAUCAACAAAGAAGAAGAAAAACACCGGAAUGGAUCAGCACAUGGCCUCAAUAAGUUAUCUCGGACCGACCGUCUAGUUGGACUCCUGAGUAUCGAAGAAAGAUCUGUAAAGGUAAAUCGAUACCUUGAGAAAUAAAAGACGAAGGAAAUGGAAUAAAAAGAUUAAUUAUCAUAGUCGCAAGAAGGUUGCAGACACUCGUCCAAGGUUCAAAGGUAGGUUCGUCUCAGUUGACCAAGCUGAUGAGUACAACAAGAGGUUGAGAGAAGAACUCCAGGAAAAGUUAAGGAAGGAACGUAUGUUCGUGACUCAAAAAAUUGAUAAGACCAGCGGAGCUAUUUUAAAAACAGUUUACCCUAAUAUCGAGGCUCUCAAUUAUGACGUGGAGCACUUGAAUACUUCUGAUAAUGACUCACAUAAAAGUUGCUUUAAUUUAAAACAUAACAAUGAAGUGAUGACAUAUAUCGGGGACAUCCCUUUAGAGAUGUAGGAAGAAAUCUUUUGAUCCAAAAUCAGUUGUACAAUAAUGCCC